AUGAAUCAGAAAUAUGUGUUGAAAAAUCAGCUGAGCCAAGCAUCGACACAGUAAACAGAAAUAUCCUUGGCCGCAUCCUGUCAAAAGUAAAAUAUUUAACUUCUGCUGCUGUUGAGCGAGAAGAAACUAAUGGUGAAGUGAUAUUAGUAGAGAGUGAAGAAGAAAAACAAGCUUUGGAGGAGCCCCACAAGGAUGUUGAUUUUGAUACAGUUGUAGAAACCCAAGACAAAACUACAACUUGUGUUGUCUUAAAGCAAGAGCCAGUUGAGACCAAGGAAGCACAGGAAAUUGUCACUGAAAAGCUAGAGGGUGCAUCUGUGAGUGUCUCUAUUGAACCUUCCCCUGUUGAUGUUUCAAUAGCUCAGCCAAGUGUGACAGCAACCUCUGUGGAAGCUGUCCUUCCUGAACAGGAGAUUGAGGAUCAAAAACUGGAAAAGCCUGCUGAUUGUUCAAAAGAAAAAAUUGAUGAGGUCCCUCAAACAUUUGAUGACAUUUUUGAUGGUCCUGAGAUUCAGGCAACUGCAGCAAAGAUCAUAGUAGAAGUGCAAGAAAUCAGCACCGAAAAGCAGGAUGAUGUGGAUAAGUUUGACAGGGUAGAACCAUCCUCUGUUUUUUCAUUAGAAGAUCAGGCAGUUGAAAAAGAUGAUCAGGCAGUAGAGGUCGGGUUUUUUGAGCAAGACAUCGAGAAUAAAGAACAGAAAUUGUCAGUAGUGGUGCCAGAGGAUGAUCCGGUGGCUGACAUAGAGAAGAUAAAUGUCCUGGGCACAAUAUCGUCAGGAUCUUUAGGCUUAACAGCUGCCGUUGUUGAUGUUGGAAAGGCUGCAGCUGAAAUCAUCACUGCAGAUGACUUAAAUGAGUUAAAGGAUGAUGAAAUCAUUCUUGCCAUUAAAGAAGAUCAAAACAAAGUACAAAAUGAAACCCACGUUGAAGUUGAAUGCUAUACAAGAAGUAUAGACAUGGCCACAAUAGAUGCUAGUAUUGAUGAGCUCACUGUUGACACAGCAGAAAUACAACAAAUCACUAAAGAAAAUCAAGAGGAAAUGGUUGAAAUUAACUCAAUGCAAUCUAACGUCAAUGAACAUGGACAACAGCAUUUCUUUGGCAUUUCAACAGAAACGGUUCUUGGUGGAUCUAGAACUGUGGAUAUUACAUCUAUUAGUGUGACUAAAGAGGUCCCAAGUUAUGUUCCCUGUGAGCACACGGAAACAACAUAUCAAUUUGAAACUCAAAAAGAAAGAGAGGUAUCUUUAAGUGCUGAGUCUGAAUCCUUUGAUGAUUUAUCAGCAGAGCCACAUGGGAUUAAACCCUCUUCAGAAAUCAUUGAAUCUCAAGAAGUUAACAAAACCCCUGUACAAAUACUUGACAAACCUUCAAAAGGCGUCCAUGUUACCCCCCUGACUUUGGAAGGAGCAUCUGUUGGAUUGGAGUCUGAGGAUACUUCAGACUACUUUGAAUCACCCUGUGUUCCUGUGUUUGACUCAGUAAAAUCAUCUUUUGUGGAUGUAUCAGAAGCUCACCCAGAGGAGGAAACUGUUCUUGCAAAAGUUAGUUUGUCUGAGCAAUACAUCAAAUUUCAAGAAGCAAAAGAACCUGUAGGUGUUUUAAAAGUGGAAGUCUGCGAUGUACUUCAGGCCACUCAUGACAUCAGUGUUAGUGCAGAUACUAAACCAGUGCCAAACAUUUGUGUAAAAACACAUGACAAUAGGGAUCAAAUUGAACUUGUGGAACAAUCCAUUGUAUCAGGAGUUCAGCCCAUUGAGAUUGAAUCAACAAAGCCUCUUGUUCUAGCUGACUCAAAUACUCACACAGAGCAGACAAAUGUUCUGGGUACAGUAUGGUCAGGAGCGAAAGGGUUGACCUCUGCUGUUGUCCAGAUUGUAAAGUCUACUGCAGAGAUGAUGACUGCUGAUGACUUGGACAGUCCAUUGGAGGAAGAAGAAAACAUCCCAACAGUGGAAGAACAAAAACUGGAAAUGGUUCAAAGAACUGCACAGUGUGAAGACCUUCCAAAAAGCAAUUACGAGACAGUUGAUGUCUUCUGUCCUGUUGAUACAAAAGGAAGACAUCAGGAGAGCUACGAAAAGAAAGAAGAUGCAUUCCAUCAUGACUCUACUGGACUUCCCACUGUAGACCUGUCAGCUUCGCAGUCAAAUGAAAUAGUUGCUCUUGAGAAAUUUCCCUUAAUUGAACAAGUAACUGAACAGAUCUGUAAGGGUCAGGAAGCAAAAGAAAUCCAAACUGAAGUUUCUGCAGAAGGUAUUCCAGGUCAAACUGAAAAUGUAAUUAGUGUAGAGACUGAGGAGACCACUGUGAAAAUGGUAUUAAAACUCCAAGAAAUCCACACAGAAACACAAGAAGACUUGUUUCAAAGUGCCACCACUAAUCAAUUCUCAACUGAUUCAUCAGCAGAUCGGGCUAUUGGAUUAUCUACAGAAUCUAAGGUUUCUGAGAAGGUUUGGAAGGAUGAUGUUCUGGACAAUGUUGAAAUGUCAUCAGAAGUUCACAAUGCACCACAAUCCCAUGAUAAAACAUUCAGCCCCCAGGAGGCUAAGGCAGUCAUAAUCAAGCUCAAAACAAAACUGCAAGAAAUAAGCAUUGAAAACCAAGUGUAUGCUGAGGCUGGUCAAACUGACUCUACUAAAUCAUCAGGCAAUCUUUUAGGAGACCAUAAUGUUGAAGUUAGUCUAUCUAGGGAAGACCUUGAAGCCCAUGGAUUACAAAAGCCUGGUAUAGUUUCAACUGAGUCAAGGACUGACACAGAACAAACAAGUGUCCUUGAUAUGAAAAUAUGGUCCAAGGCUAAAGACACUACUUCUGCUGCUGUUCAGUUAGGAAAGGCUACUGCUGGAAAGAUCAUGGGAGGUCAUCUACAUGAGUCAAUAAUGGAUGAUGUAGACAUGUCAGAGAUAGAAACAUAUGAGACUAAACAAGCACAACAAAGCAGCGAUGAAACACAGGAACAUGUAUUUCAGAUUGGCUCAACAAAACCACCUCCUACGGAUUUAUUAGUAGCUCUACCUGAAGACACUAAAACAACACCUGAAACAUCCAUACCUGAACAAAAAAACAUAGAAAAACUUCAAAAUCAAAAAAUGCAUGUCCAACAGACAGUGUCCAAAGGUUCUAUUCAUGAUACACCUCAGACAUCUGGUACUAGUGAGACCUCCAUCAGGAUAAGUGCAGAAGUGCAACUGAUCAGUACUGAAAAUCAAAUGCAUGGUGGUCAUAAUGACCCCAGUGAAGACCAAGUAUUGCCAGAGCCUGAUAUUUGUAUUGAAGAUGUUCACGAUGAAUCUGAGCUUCUGUAUGCAGAACCGCAUUGUGUGGACACAUCAUCUGAGCUAAGGAUUGACUCAGAGCAGAUAGGUGUUCUGGGUACAAUGUGGUCAAAAGCUAAAGAUAUAACCCGAGCUGUUGUUCAGCAAGGAAAAACUGCUGCUAGUAUGAUCACUGCUGAUGAUUUGAAUGAUCCUCUAAUGGCAGAUGAAAAUACCAGCUUCCUGACAGACGAAGAACAAAUCUUGGAAAAAAAUAAGCAAUAUUUAGAAUGUGAAGAGCUACCAGACAGCAAAGACAUGGCGGAAACAGAUGAUUUGUCAAAAUUGACCAAAUCCCCAUAUGAAGAUUCAUUAACAUCUGGGCUGGUUGACAACAAACUUUCUACAGAAACUGGUCAAGAAAAUACAUUUCAAAGUCCCAUUGGGUCAGCAGAAGUUCAUGAUGUUCCUCUGACCCUAGAAGAAACAUCUACAGUGUCCCAAGCCAAGCUAAGUAGUAGAGAAAUUUCUACACAAAUUCAAUCAGCAGUCAUUGAUCUGAAAGAAUUGAAAGAUGUUGACAGUUCUAUUAAUAAUGAGCCAGGUGCUUGUCAGUAUCUGGAUGAAACCUCGACUUUGGAGAAAAUUCAGAGGGAUGACAAAUCUGUUAGGUCUCCAUCUGAUCACAGAAUUCCACAUGAAGGUCAAACAGACAAACACCUUACAAAUACAGCAGCUGGUAAAGAAGAGCAGGAAUUGGUCAAAGUAGAUCUACAAAAUAUUCAACCCACAACAGCCACCAAGGGUGAGGUGAAGCUUCAGGGCCUUGAAUCGCAAGAGGUAAGACCUAAUCUAAGGAAAUGAUCUUUUUCUUCGGCUGCUUUCUUCAAGGGUCUCCACAACGGAUCAUCUUGGCUCCUAUUUCUCACUUCCUCUAUUGUUCAUCAACUGUCUUGAUGUUGUCCUCAACUACAAACAUACAUUUUCUUUGGGGUCUUCCUCUUCGAUUCGGCAGCUCAAUCUCCAACAUCUGGUGUCUUUUAUCUUCACUGUCUCUUCUUAGCUCCGUACCAUCUUAACCAUGUCCCUAAUUGACCCUUUCUUCAUCUCUUAACUGCAAAACCUUUGUUGUUUCUCUGUUCCAUUCAUUUCUAAACUUGUCCAUCUAAAGCCCCCCCAGAAAGAUAUCAGUAUCCUCAUUACUCCCACCAAGAAUUUAGAAUUUUAGAAUCAUUCUCCAAAUAUCCCAAAACCAAAAAUCACUGUUUAAAUAUUCCGUUUUACUCUUAUUAUUUGUCAGCUUCCACACCAAAC